CUCAACCCUAAUCAGCUAUGGCUUUUCCAAAUCGUGAAAAAUGGGUACGACAGGAAUAUAAUUUUACAAGGGUAUUGAGAAUAAGGAUACCAAGUCAGAGGCCGAGCUGCAACAUCGGCAGGCAUGAAGGAGUUCUUGAAGUACGAUGUUGAUGUAGACGGCUGGCAGAAUUUCUUGGAGUGGGAGGAUCUGGUGUGAAUCUGGGCUGGGAUGAUGUACUGGCUGGCAGGGAUGGUCGUUGAUGAUCUUCGAUGAUCGUAGCGUUUUGGCUAGUUUUCAUAAUUGACAUGAUGGAAGAGAAUAAGUGUGGCUUUUGCCAUACUGGAGAGGAACAUGAGUCUGUUUGUGGUACCUUGCAUAAAGAUAAAAUAGAUGGAAAGGCUGUGUGUGCUCAUCAAAAGUGUAUGCAAUAUUCAGCAAAUUGGGUCAAGUUUAAGACAGACAGUUUUGGUGGCUUUCAAAAACAGGCAGUCAUGAAGGAAAUCGAGAGAGGAAGUACACUGAUUUGUGCAAUAUGUAAGGCAGACAAGAGUAAAAAACAUAAAAAUGGUGCCACAUCUGUUUGUGCUUGGGAGUUCUGUAGGAAGACUUUCCACUAUCUGUGUGUCUCAAUGAACCCAAGAACUGUGGUCAAGCAAUACAGAGUAGCAGGAGAAAAAGGUGUAAUUUUGUACAGUGUUUUCUGCUGCCAAGAUCAUGAAAAUAGACACAGAAAAAAUCUGAUUGCUUAUGGCAUUGUGGGUAAGAAUGGGUCUAGUGAUGAAGGUGGAGAUUCCCAAGAUGAGGAGAAGGACAACAGUGAUACAGACAACGAGCCACCUGCCAAGGUACCAAAAGUUUCCUUCUCACAGCUAAAGGAUAAACUAGCAAAGAAAGAGGAGGGCGAGUCAGGAAUAUCAAGUCCUGGUAUGACGACAAAAGAGGUACUGUCUGAAACACAGUUGAACAUUUUUCAGAGAAAGAACAGUACAUUAGAUACGAAGGAAAAUGGGAAUGAUGACAGUUUUAUGACAGCAACAUCUGGCCAUGAUUCUGGUGGUGAUGACACUGACGAUUUCAACACAAGUAAUAGUGGGUCAGAAAUGUUGGAGAAUGGUCAUUUGAUUAGAAAUAUUGCUGAAGCUCCGGACGAAUUCAACUAUGACCCCCUCAAAAUGUAACUUUAUAAAAAGGCCAUUAGAACUGGAAUGGAGAAAGAAAGCAGUAUACGAGUAAAUAUUAUAGGAAACUUCUCUCAAGGCAAAACAUCAUUAACACGGCGCUUGAUAGGUACAAACUGUGAAGGGGUUAUAUCGACAAAUGGCAUAGAAAUCAGAAGGUUUAAAUGUAGAAAGAUGAAAGGUGGACGAAUGAAAUUGGUGGAAGAUGAACACAAGGACUUUUUUGGUAGAACAGCUGCAGUUGCACGUUCAGUUGAUACUGAGAAAUUGAGUGAAAGAGUUCAGCGUUCCGCAUUAGCGAACAUACAGAACAAUCAGGCUGUUUCAACAAACGCAGAAGACCAUACAUUUUC